AUGGCUUCGUCUACUCCUUACACGGUGAGGUGGGGUAUCAUGGCCACCGGCUGGAUCGCGGAGGUCUUCACCAAGGACCUCCUCGCCAAUCCGGCGCUUCGCAACGUGCAGGAUGUCCGCCACGAGGUCGCGGCCGUGGCCUCGUCCAGCGCCAAGGACCGCGCCGCCGACUUCAUCAACAAGGUCAAGGCGCCUAGCUCGGCCAAGGCGUAUGGCUCGUACCACGAGCUCGUGGCCGACCCGGACGUCGAUAUCGUCUACGUGGCUACCCCCCACAGCCACCACUUCCAGAACGCCAUGCUCGCCCUCGAGGCCGGCAAGAACGUGCUGUGCGAGAAGGCCUUGACUGUGAACGCCUCGCAGGCCCGCAAGCUGGUCGAGACGGCCAAGGACAAGGGUGUCUUCUUCAUGGAGGCCGUGUGGACGCGCUACUUCCCUCUGAGCAUCCAAGUGAGGGACUUGAUCUCGUCCGGUGCCAUCGGCGACGUCUACCGCACCAUUGCCGAUCUGUCGCUUGCCAAGCAGGGCGCCGACGGCAAGAUCGACUACCCGGAUGCCAACCGCAUGGUCAACCCCGAACUGGCGGGCGGCGCUCUCCUGGAUCUCGGCAUCUACGCCCUGACCUGGGUCUUCCAGACGCUGUACCAUGUGCAGCCCGAGGCGCAAAAGGAGGCGCCCAAGGUCACCGCGGCCGUCAACAAGUACCACACCGGUGCGGACGAGACGACCAGUAUCAUUCUGCAAUUCCCCAACCACAAGAGCCACGGUAUUGCGCUCACAUCGCUCCGCGUGGGCAGUGACGUGGACGGCACGAAGAGCAGCGGGGCGGCCAUUCGCAUUCAGGGGUCUGAGGGUGAGAUCCAGGUCAUGGGCCCUGCGUACUGCCCACUGCAGUACCGGGUCAUCAAGAAGGACAGCAACGGUGACAUUAAAAUCGUGGACUGCCCGAUCCCCAAGGACCCCGAGAGCGGCUGGGGCCAGGGCAUGUUCUGGGAGGCCGACGAGUGCGCGCGGUGCCUGCGUGAUGGCCAGAAGGAGAGCAAGUCGUUGCCGUGGACCGAGAGCAUCGUCAUCAUGGAGGUCAUGGAGGAGACGCUGCGACAGGGCGGUGUCGUGUACCCGGACGUCAUCACGACCGACGUGUAUGAUGCUCAAAGCCCGCUGAACACUGGCAAGCGGUGA